AUGUGCAUUUCAUUCAGUAUUGAGAGAAAAAUAAAGAUUUUCUUUCUCUUCCAACAUCUGCUGGUUGUUGAACCCAAAGGCAAUUUGAGUUUCUGCUUAUACUGCGCCUUUCUUGUUCUUCUUCCUUCUCUCUUUCAGGCAAUCAUUCCUUGUAAAACAUUUUUUGUGUGUAUUUGUAUUGCUUUUCUUUGUCUCUCUCUCUCUCUCUCUCUCUCUCUCUCUCUCUCUCUCUCUCUCUCAAUUUAUUCUAAAUCCAGUGUCCAAAUAUUGAAGGUGAAGAAAGAGAAGACAAAUACCUCUUGCUGUAAUGGUGGUCCUACAGUGGUGAGCAAGUUCAUUCCUAACUUGGAGAAAGCUCUGAAUAACCUGCCUUUGGAUACUUCUGAUCUCAUUCCAUCUCACAUGUCCGAAAGUUUUUCCAUGUCGUCUGUUGCCCAGCAACAACAACAAGCCCAGCAGCAGCAGCAUCAGCAGCAGCAGCAGCAAGUCCAGCAUCGGCAACAAGCACAAAAACAAGUUCAGUCAUCCAUAAGUAACAAUCUGGAUGAUGUGGGCAGCGAUGAUCCAAAUGAAGAUUACUGCGCUUGUUGCCGCAAUGGAGGUGAGCUUCUCUGCUGUGACUCCUGCCCAAAGGUUUUUCAUCUACAAUGUCACAUUCCAGCUCUGAUGGGGGCUCCAAGUCUGUCCCCCACCCAUUAA